AAUAGUGUACGCGCAGCAGGAAAAAUUAACACAAGCGAAUGAAAAUACAAAUAUUGUAAUAUAAUCAAAGCAAAAUUUUCGCAAUUUUGCAAUUAAUAUAAAUAGAGAAUUAGAUAUCUACUCUGCGAACCAAAGACAAAUCAAUGAGUUAUUUGACAAACUUAAUUUUUAUGUAUUCCAUUUCAAUGAAAUUUGUAAAAAAGUGGAACAGUGUACAAAAAUAGAUAAAACUCGUGUUCAUAAUAUUGAAAAUUUAGUGAACUAAAUUUUUCUAAUAUAAUGGCGAAAAUAGGAAAGUAAAAAGCAACUAAUAUAAUAAAUCAAAACAUUGUCUUAAAAUUAGAAUAUAAAUAAAAGCAAAUUAGAAAGUUAAAAUUUUCGUAAUGCACCACAUAGUAUGUUUCAUCCAUAAGACCUUGUUUAAAAACAUAGCUACACUGUAAAUUAGAAACAACAUAAACUAACAUAGCAGUUAUAGUGAGUGAGAGUGAAUGCUCAGAAUGUAUAGAGCUGAACAAGUAAUUUACAAGCAACAGAGCCCAAACAACAAAUGGUGCUACAAUCAAUAGCCGACAAAUCGGUUCAUAUCUUACCAAAGCCAAAAUACAUCAACCAUCAUUAGCUGUCUCAGCAGCCAGCCGCCAACUAAGCCAUCUACACCAUUGCCGUCAGCCCGCCGCCAAAAAAGAAAAUAAUAAUCACAUAAAUACACAACAACGGAGGUUAGAGAGGACACAUUAACUAGUCAAGUUUGCAAAACGCUUUAGCCAAUCAACCUUAUCAGGCAAACAACUAACCCGCCCAGGAAACAACACAAUUCGGCUCCAAACGCGGUGACGUACUCCUAUUAAAAUGAAUGCCAGUCUCAUUUACGAAAUCCUCAUGUAUUUGAAUUCGUUUUACUUUGGAAUGUACGCCAUAUUUGAGAUUGGUGUCGGUGUUCUGAAGGCAAUCGGAUUGAAUUAUACUACGCAAGAGUUGACGCGAGAAGGGUGCAUAUUACUCGCAUUGUGCAUUGUGGAAACAAUACGAAUUGUAUUAGGUCGGAAGAGCAGUUUAAGCGAUCGAGGCUGGCAAGCAACAGCAUCCGUAAUAUUAACACUGCCCAGUCUUGCUCUUGUUAUCUAUUUAUGUCUUUUUCAAACCUAUGUUCUCAAACUCGAAUUGAUUCUGAGUGCCUUAAUGAUAGCCCUCCAAGGUGCUGAACUAGUGUAUGCCUGUGUCUUCAUUUGCACCAUGUUUGGCGAUGUUUCGUAUACCUAGCAGUCGAUAAGAAUUUACAUUAAACUUGUAACGACGAACCUGGAACAAUUUCAUGUAUGAUGCAUGAACAAGCAAUGUUAAUGAUUCUAUAUAAUGGUACUGAUACAAGAGUAAGAACGAAUACGUAAAAAAUAGCUCGUUUUGUACUUCGAAAUCGAAAACACAUAAAGAACGAAAGUAAAAAUACAGUCAAAUUUUAGCGAAAAGCUCACAACGUUAAUCUUCAUGGUCAGAAUUGCAAGAAUAAGCAGAAGAAGUGAUGUAUUUCGCCAAACGAAAAAAAUACACCAUUUAAGCAGUGAAGCCAACUCAACAGCCAGACUGAAGUGCAGCUACGACAAACGCAAUUCAUACAUAUGUAUGUAUGUAUGUAUGCUCUUGAAACGUAGUUGAUGCGUUUAAUAUAUAAAAGAACUAAGCCUAUGAUAUACAUAUGUACAUAUGUAUAUGUGAACCAAUAUUUUGAGACCAAUUUGAUAAUUUUUAAGUCGAAACCACUUAGACUGUUUGGACAAGCGCUAUAUUAUCUACUUUGUACUAGCAGGCUGGCCAGUUAUUUUAUCUGUUUUCCUAACAGUCCCAUGCUUUUUCGGUGUCUCCUACAUAUUACUGCUACAAGAAUACAAACUACGUCUGGAAUACGUACUCUGUACUUUACAGAUCGGAUUAUAUCUGACAGAAGU